AUGUGUGCAAAGGUAAAAUUCUCCAGUAUAGCAUUGAUAGUGAUAAGCAUAGCUCUUAUAAUGGGAAGCUUUCAUUGUGAAGUAGUGGAAGAUAACUAUGGUUGGGAUGAUGCUCAUGCUACCUGUUAUGGCGGAAUCAAUGGCAGUGGUACCAUGUUUGGAGCUUGUGGGUACAAGGAUCUAUUCAAGCAAGGUUACGGUGUUGAAACAACAGCAUUAAGCACAGCACUUUUCAACAAAGGUCUAACAUGUGGAGCAUGUUACGAAAUCAAAUGUACAAAUUCCAAAUGGUGUCUAAAAAACGGGACAGUACUCAUCCAUGUUACAGCCACAAACUUUUGCCCACCAAACUACACCAAACCAACUGAAAAUUGGUGCAACCCUCCGGCCAAACACUUCGAUUUAACCCAACCAAUGUUCAGAAAAAUCGCGGUAUACAAGGCGGGUGUUGUGCCGGUGCAAUAUCGGCGUGUAAUGUGUCACAAACAAGGAGGAAUUAAGUUUGAGAUAAAUGGGAAUCCUUAUUUUCUUCUUGUAUUAGUGUAUAAUGUUGGUGGGGCUGGUAGUGUCGUGGAUGUUAAAAUUAAGGGUUCUAAGACAGGUUGGUUACAAAUGAGUAGGAAUUGGGGACAAAAUUGGGAUUUUCAUGGUCAGAUGGUUGGGCAGAGUUUGUCGUUUCGUCUUACUACUAGUGAUGGUAAAUGGGUGCAAGCAGAUGAUGUGGCUCCUUCUUAUUGGAAGUUUGGGAAAAGUUAUGAGGCUAAAAAGCAGUUUAGUUUUUGA